AGCUUGGAAGGCUGUGCCAUGUCCUUCCGGAGCCUCGUCCAUCUCUCCCUGGACAGUCCUGCUCAUGCCAUUUGUGUGGUGGGCAUGGAAAUCUGCUUAGAUCUCAGUGGGUGUGCCCCGCCCAGCUGUGAGUCCUUCACCAUCAGUGGCUCUCUGGGCGUUCUGGUCGACAUCCACAAUACAGUCCCAGGAAAGGCCAAGGAGGAGGCUGCCAUGGCCCGGUGGCCCCUGUCUCAUCCCGUGGAUGUGCUGGUAAAGAUGACAUCCCCCAGCUCUGCCAUCAAUGAGGAAAAGAUUUUGGUCUCCUACUACCAGUGCAAUGAGAAAGUGCCCGUGGCCACGGCUCUGCUCUACCUGACUGGCAUUGAGAUCUCCCUGGACGUGGAUAUCUACCGCAGCGGGCACGUCGAGAUGGCAAGUGACAAACAGGCCAAGAAAAACUGGGUCUGGGGCCCCAGUGGCUGGGGUGCCAUUCUGCUUGUGAACUGUAGCCCUGCUGACAUGGGCCAGCUCGUGGACAAGAAGAGCGGGAACGUGCUCUUUAUGGAGGAAAUAAAGGGUCUGUCCCAGAUGACACUGAAAGUUGAGGGGCCCAGCUGCGUUUUAAAGAAAUACCGGCUGGUUCUCCACACCUCCAAGGAAGAGUCGGAGAAGGCGAGAGUCUACCGGCCAAAAAAAGACAGCUCCAGCUCCUUCGAGCUGGUGCUGGGGCCUGACUGGCACACCUAUACGUUUGCCCCCCUCGAAAAGAACUUGAUGGAAACUUUCUACAUUGAAGCCGUGGAGUUCCCAUCCGCCAGCUUCUCGGGCUUGAUUUCCUACUCGGUCUCCCUGGUGGAAGAGUCUCAAGACCUGUUAAUUCCAGAGACCCUGCUGUACAAAGACACGGUGGUGUUCCGGGUAGCUCCUUGCAUUUUCAUUCCCACCACUCAGAUGCCGCUAGAGGUUUACCUGUGCAGAGAGCUGCAGGUCCAGGGGUUUGUGAACACGGUGACGUUGCUGAGUGAGAGGAGUAACAGCCAGGUGGCAUCCGUCUACGAGGACCCCAACCGCCUGGGCAGGUGGCUCCAGGAUGAAAUGGCCUUCUGUUACACCCAGGCUCCCCACAAGACUGUUUCCCUGGUCCUCGACACCCCUCGGGCCCUCAAGCUUGAAGAUUUCCCCAUGAAAUAUUCACUGAGCCCGGGGAUUGGCUACAUAAUCCAGCGCACCAAGGACCAUAGGGUGGCCAGCAUGGAUUCCAUUGGGAACCUGAUGGUGUCCCCACCUGUCAAGGUCGAAGGGAAAGAGUACCCCCUAGGCAGGAUCCUCAUUGGCGGCAGUUUUUACCCCAGCAAGGAGGGCCGGGACAUGAGUAAGGCCCUCCGGGAUUUCCUCUAUGCCCAGCAAGUCCAAGCGCCGGUGGAACUCUUCUCCGACUGGCUGAUGGCGGGUCACAUCUGUGAGUUCAUGUGCUUCAUCCCCGCACAGUACAAGCAGGAGGGGAGAAAGGACUUCCGGUUACUCCUGGCUAGCCCCAGCUCCUGCUACAAACUGUUCAAGGAGAAACAGAAGGAGGGCUAUGGAGACAUGCCUCUGUUUGAAGAGGUUAGAAAAGAUCAGCUCAUUUCUAAUGGGAGGGAGGCCAGUACCAUCAACCAACUUCUGGCUGAUGAAAACAUGAGAAAGCAGAACGACUAUGUGGAGAACUGCAUUAAUCUGAAUCGUGACAUCCUGAAAAGGGAGCUGGGCCUGGUGGAGAAGGACAUCAUCGACAUCCCACAGCUCUUCUGCCUGGAGCAGCUCACCAACGUCCCCUCCAGUGAGCAGACCCAGAAGCUCUUCGCCAGGCCCUACUUCCCGGACCUGCUGCAGAUAAUCGUGAUGGGCACAAACCUGGGCAUCCCCAAGCCUUUCGGGCCCCGGAUCAAUGGCACCUGCUGCCUGGAGGAAAAGGUCUGCCAGCUGCUGGAGCCCCUGGGAUUCCAAUGCACCUUCAUCGAUGAUUUCGACUGCUACUUGACUGAAAUUGGAGACUUCUGCUCCUGUGCCAACAUCCGCCGGGUGCCUUUUGCCUUCAAAUGGUGGAGGAUGGUGCCCUAGACCCCAGCCCCACGCCAGCAUGAAUGGUCCAUGAUCACCAUUUAACAGCAUCCAAUUCUUGCCCUGUUCGGGGGCCCUGGAGAGUCAGGGUGCUACACCCCUCCCUCAUCCUGUUCAC